AUGUCUAGACUUGAGAUAUACUCUCCCGAGGGUCUCCGUGUGGAUGGUCGUCGGUGGAAUGAGCUUCGUCGAUUUGAAUGCUCAAUAAAUACACAUGCCAAUGCAUCGGAUGGUUCGUCUUACUUGGAACAGGGCAACAAUAAGAUCAUUACUCUAGUGAAUGGACCGCAAGAACCUAAACUACGCUCACAUACGAAUGCAACGAAAGCAGUGCUGACCGUUUCUGUUAAUAUCACCAGAUUUUCCAAAACCGAAAGAAGCAAGUCAUCUCAUAGAAAUGAAAGACGAGUGCUCGAAAUGCAGACGGCUCUAGUACGCACUUUUGAAAAAAACAUACUGAUGCACCUGUAUCCUCGGACUCAAAUCGAUAUCCAGAUUCACGUUUUACAACAAGACGGAGGCCUCAUGGGCUCUCUUAUCAACGGUAUUACUCUGGCUUUGAUAGACGCUGGUAUUGCGAUUUACGACUACAUAAGUGGGGUUUCAAUAGGACUGUACGAUACGACUCCACUUUUGGAUCUGAAUACAGUCGAAGAAAAUGCUAUGAGCAGCGUUACCUUGGGAGUAAUGGGGCGAUCGGAAAAGCUAUCGUUGCUGCUUGUUGAAGAUAAACUAGCACUCGACCGCAUGGAAAGUGUUCUUGCAAUUGGAAUUGCGGGUGCCCAUCGCAUCAGAGACCUCAUGGACAAAGAGCUGAGGAAACACGGCGAGAAAAGACUAGCGAACGUAUCAUCAAAUCAAUAA